AUGGCAGAUAGGGAGCAAGCAAGACCCUUAGCUCCAGCAAUAGAGCGUCCAAGUAGUGAAGAAGAUGACACCACUCCGCACCCCAGAAAACAAGCUCACAAGAAACUCAUCAAACGAUGUGCAUGCCCGCUAGUCUUUCUACUUCUCCUAGCAAUAGUAAUCAUAGUUUUGAUCUUCACGGUAUUUCGAGUCAAGGACCCUGUGAUCACCAUGAACGAUGUCAAAAUCACAAAGCUCGAACUUUCCAACACCAUGACACCUCGACUUGGGGCCAACCUGUCCUUAGUUGCGGAUGUGUCAGUGAAAAACCCCAACGUUGCAUCAUUUAGGUAUAGCAACACCACCACGUGUUUGUACUACCGUGGUGUCAUGGUGGGGGAGGCAAGAGGACCACCUGGGAGGGCCAAGGCUAGAAGAACAAUAAGGAUGAAUGUAACAAUUGAUGUUAUCACGGAUCGAGUCGUUUCUAACCCGGAUUUUAGAACGGAUUUUGGUUCAGGGUUGUUGACUAUGAGUAGUUUCUCUAGAGUUCCGGGGCAGGUGAAGAUCUUGAACUUGUUUAAGAGACAUGUUGUUGUGAAAAUGAACUGCAGCACCACUUUUAAUAUUUCAACACAGGCUAUUAAGGAGCAGAGUUGUAUGCGGAAGGUCACACUUUAG